AUGCGCUUCAUCGUCUUCCUAUUCCUCAUUCUAUUCGAUUCGCGCCUCGCCGAAUUCGUCGUGCAUAUUCAGUACUUCAAGGUCAGGCUUACUAAGCCGAUUGAGUACGGCACGUUCACUCUAAAGCGCAUCGACACGCGUGCCGAAUGGUCGACGCGCGUCUACAAUAGACGCGGUGAAAAUUUGCGCGAAGAUGAGAUUCUCGCGAAAGUUCGCCGAUUUUUCGAUGGUCCCGCCGGCAGCGUCGAGUACGAGUCGGCGUCGAUCACACGCUAUUUCGGCGUCGAGUUCGCCUACGUCGUCGCCAAACACAACGUCACCCAUAUGAUUUUUGAGAACCUUUGCAGUCAGAUGAAGCCGAAACUCUCGAGCAUCAUGAUGGAGCAGUCGAGGAAGCCGUCGCGCAUCGAGUUCGUCGUCGAUCAUCCGAGCGCGAGCUUCGCGAUUCCAUUGGGAUUCCGCGCGGCGCUGGUCGGCUGCAGCGAGUACAAGAUCCGAAUCGGCGGUCGCGCCUACCUCGAUCCCGACAACUUCCUAUGCGACGCGGUGAUUAAUACCCAAAAUCUCGUGGUGACGCAAGGCGGCGAGGUUCGCAGCGGAUUCGACGCCGACACAUUGUUGAGCAUCAAAUCGCCGAAUGUCGUCAUCGAGGGUCGGAAUAUCAUCGGGAUUGACGAUGUCAAACAAUUGGUUGAGGAAUGGCUCAAUGAUAAGCGCGUCAUUGGAUCUUGGCAGAUUGACGUCGACGAUGAUGUGCGAGACACUUGGGAAGCGUAUUAUCGGAAGAACGCGACGACGCUGAAAAUCGAGUUGAAGCGCGGCCGACUCGAAUUGGCGACGUUCGAAACGCCGGACGAACGCGAUUUUGUUUUUGAGAAUUGA